AUGAAGUCCCCUCCUCAUAUGUCAGAGCUGAGGAUUGUUCUUUUGGGGGAGAGCAGCUCUGAGAUCAGCACAGUGGGAAACUUCAUCCUGAACAGACAUGCGUUUGAUACUGAAGCUCCUCCUUCAGUAGAGCAGCACAGUGAGAGAGCCAGAGGAAAGGUGGAGGGAAGAUACAUCACGGUCAUCAACACUCCUCACCUGCUUGAUCCUGAACUCUCUGUAGAUCAGACCACAGCGUGGUUUAAAGAGAGUUUGUAUCUCUCUGCUCCUGGACCUCAUGUGUUUUUACUGGUGCUGCAGUCUGGUACACUUAAAAGGGAGGAUCAGGAGAGAAUGAGGAGCAUAAUGGACGGUCCCUGGUUUAUGAAGCACGCUAUCAUUUUGUCUCUAGAUGAAGGGGUUAGCCCUCAUUCUGCUGCUGAAGCUCAGAAAGGAAGCAAUAAGCCUUUGCAUCUGAUCAUCAGAAAAUCAGAAGAACAACAUAAAGGUCAGGUGCUGCAGCUUUUGGAGAAGAUAGAAGAGGUGGUGACACUUAAUGGAGGAGGAUACCUGACCUAUCACACUAAUGAAUUGCUUAAAGCAGAAAAAAAAAACCUUAGAAAAGGGGAGCAAAAGGAUUAA